AUGGGGAGAAAGCACGUGUCGUCCCUUGCCCUGAUACUUCCCCUCCUCGCCAGCACUGUAGAUGCGGCAUCAGACCCCGCCCGGCCGCGGGGUGUGGCUCCGGAGUUUGCAAAGUACUACAAGGACCCCGAGACAUUUACUUGUAUCUCGAAUCCUGCUAUCAAGCUCCCCAUUGCCCGGCUGAACGACGACUACUGCGACUGCCCCGAUGGCUCUGAUGAGCCUGGCACCGCGGCCUGCUCCUACCUCUCACCCCUCUCACCACCCCAGCCGCUGAGCGUCGAGGGCAAAGAUGUCAACACGACGCCCGCCCUUCCAGGCUUUUAUUGCAAGAACAAGGGUCACCAGCCCAGCUACAUUCCCUUUACGAGCGUCAACGACGGUGCCUGCGAUUAUGAGUUUUGCUGCGAUGGGAGCGAUGAGUACGAACACGUCGGCGGUAUCAAGUGCGAAGACCGCUGUGCGGCCAUUGGCAAGGAGUGGAGGAAGGCGGAUGAGGCGAGACAAAUGAGUCUCGCUGCUGCCAAACAGCGGCGGAAGGAGCUGGUGGCCGAGGCGGGACGCCUGCGCAAGGAGGUCGAGGACCGCAUACAGACACUCAAGGCUCAAAUUGAAGGAGCGACACUAAAGGUUGACGGGCUGACAAAGAGUCUGGCUGAGAUUGAGAGAGCGGAGCGUGGCAAGGUGGCCAAGGACGCUGGCAAGGGCGGCAAGGUCACUGUAUUGGCGGGUCUGGCAAAACAGCGCAUCCAGGAGCUUACUGAUAACAUCAAUCGCCUGCGCAAUGAGAGAGAUUCUGCGCGAGCAAGGGUUGCCGAUCUUGAGGGUAUGCUGACCCGCUUCAAGGAGGAGUACAAUCCCAACUUCAACGACGAGGGUGUGAAGCGUGCAGUCCAGGCGUGGGAGAACUAUGCUGCACAAGAUCGCCCAGGACCCAAUGACGCUCUAGACCGAGACCUCGAUGACAUUCUCAAGCCAGACUCUGAGAAUGCUAUCAAUUGGGACGACUUUGAAAAAGUAGACGAAUCUGAUGAGCUCCUUUAUCAAUUCGAAGAAUACCUACCCGAAUCUAUCCGUAGCUGGGUCGACAGCAAGCUCCGCGACCUGCGAAUCAUACUCAUCGAGAAUGGAAUCCUUGCCGACCCCACAUCUGCCGAUGCUCCUGAAUCCAAGGCAGUCAGCGAUGCAAAGUCGCAGCUUGAAGCAGCAAAGAGGGAGCUCGAAAAUGACAAGUCUGAACUAACUAGGCACGAAGAAGAUCUUACCAAGGACUAUGGCCCAGACGCUAUCUUUCGAGCAUUGAAAGACGUCUGCAUAUCCACCGACUCUGGUGAAUACACGUAUGAGCACUGCUUCCUCUCGAGGACGACGCAGAAGCCCAAGAAAGGCGGUGGCCACACGGGCAUGGGCAACUUUGUUCGCAUUGAGUCGAUGACUGUUGAUGAGGAGCUACCUGCAGAUGGCAAAGGUUUGGGCAGUGGCGAGCGCAUCGCUCUCAAAUACGAAAAUGGCCAGCAUUGCUGGAACGGCCCCAACAGGAGCACACUUGUCAUCUUGGCUUGCGCGGAAAAAGACGAGAUCUGGAAGAUUGUUGAGGAGGAGAAAUGUGUGUACAGGAUGGAAGUGGGCACGCCAGCGGUGUGUGGUGUUGAGGUUCAGAAGACUGCACCAGAACACAACGAGUUGUAG